GUCCCUGUCCAGGCUGGCAGAGCGGGCGCUCUCGGCUGUGGGCGCUGUGACGUCGCGGGCCCAGCCCAGGGAGGUCCUCCCAGGGCGCCCAGGGAGGGCGGACCUUGGGUCGGACCCGCCGCCCCCAACCCCGGGGCCUGGGGGUCCCCCUCACCUUGCCCCGGCCUCCUGCCAGUCGCCACCACCCCUAGCCUCUCCCGCUGAGUUCGGCGCCCCAGAGAGGAUUAACACCCAGGGAGGCAGGGAGCUCUCUUUAUCCAAGGACGUGGCCCCUUGUAUGGGUAGUGGGGGCCACAGGCUGGGACACCCCUGAUGUCAGAAGUGAGUGGGCAGGUUGACUGACCGCAAGCAGUCCCUCAGCAUCAGCAUGGACUCCAGGAUCCCAUCUGCUAGGAGCUGGGUCAGCAGCCACCCACCCACCUCUGAACCUGACCUGGAGCCUGCCACAGAUGGGCCAGCUUCCGAGACCACCACACUCAGCCCAGAAGCCACCAGCUUUAAUGACACCAGAAUCCCUGACGUGGCUGGUGGCACAGCCGGCGUGGGCACAAUGCUUCUGUCCUUUGGGAUCAUCACAGUGAUUGGCCUGGCUGUGGCCAUGGUUUUGUACAUCAGGAAGAAGAAGAGGCUGGAGAAGCUGCGCCACCAGCUCAUGCCUAUGUACAACUUCGACCCCACGGAGGAGCAAGAUGAACUGGAGCAGGAGCUGCUGGAGCAUGGGCGGGACACUGCCUCCGUGCAGGCCACCGCCGCUGUGCAGGCCACGCAGGCCAAGACCACUCUCCCCUCUCAGGGCCCAAUGCAGAGGCCUAGCCGGCUGGUGUUCACCGAUGUAGCCAAUGCCAUCCACGCGUGAGGAGCCCAGGGACAGGCCUGGACCUCUGAUGAAGAUACCUGACACAGUGCCCUCAGCUGCCCACUCUGAGAUCAUUAGGACCUACUCUAAGGACCUGCCCUGCCAAGGCCUCAGCUAUUUUGAGGACCCAGCUGCUGACUCUCCAGGCUCUAAAAGAGGCCCCUGGCCAGGUUGGGCAUAUGACCACUGAUGUCCCCUGACCUGAGGGCCGUGGCAUGCAGAGCAUCCCUCGUAAGGCUUCCUUAUGCUGUCUGGCUUCCUUGUGCCCUUCCCAGACCCCUCACAUCAGGGUCUGCUCCUCUAAUGUGGAGGAAAUGGGGGGAGAUGUGGGAUGGGAGGGGGAAGGGAAGGAGAGUAAGGGGGUUCCCGUCCAUCAGGGAGAGACGUAUCUUUGGAAUCUGGAGUCUCCUCUGGGGUGGGGAGAGGCAGCCACCCAGGUCUCAGGCACAUGGUAUGGUGGUACCCUGGGAGAGGCUCAGGGAUAGAGCUGAAACUGCCCAGUGGACAAGGAUGCCAGGAGGAGGGCUACUCAUACCCAAGGUCAGUCCAUAUUACAGGGAUCCAUGAGGUCUUCCAGCCAUCCCUCCAUGGUGGUCGGCUAUUGGCUGGGCCCAAGCUAGGAUGAGAGCUGAGGGGGAAGGGAGGUGGGGGAGCAGGUGUGGAGGGAUGCAGUGCCCAGACCUGCUGGAACGCCUCCUGCAUGCGCAUGAAGGUGCCCACCUGCAGACAUGUGCCUGUCCCAGCACAGGGGGCAGGAUGGAGACCCCUGCACUGGCUCCACCCUCCAAGCCAACCCCCACCCCAUGGUGUGUAGAGGAACAUUAAGUAGGCCACCUUCUCCACCUUCAGUGUUCAGGGACUGAAGGGAGAGGGAAGCAAAGGCAAGGGUCCACUGCCCACCACAUCCCUUCACUGGGCUGUAAAAGCCAGGUAACCUGCUUCUGGAACAGUUCCCUGUCUUGGUGUUUAUCGGGGACCUGGGGUUGGGGGAGAGACUAUUGGUUGGAGGGCGGUGGUCGCCAGCUGCAGGCUAGCAGGGGAAGUCCUCAGUGCCUGAAACAGGGUGGGGAUAGCCCCUUGGAAAACAGACCUAAGAGACCUAGUCUGGGUUUUGAUCACACAACCCACCUACCCAUUGUCCACCCACCCCAUGCCCCACAGGAAUUCUGCCAGGUUGGGGCAUCUGGGCAAGGCACUGGGUCAAGCCAGACCCCAAGAGCUGGGCACUUCUCCGCUGGGCAUGCAUGUGCACCUGAGCAGGCACAGACGCACGCCCCUGUGCCCAGCCUCGCCGCCGUCACUGUCCUCCGCUGGUUGGCGGGGACGUGAGGGUGGCAAAUGCGAGGUGUCAGGCUAUGAGGGCCUAGGAGGACUUCAUGGGGAAGGUUCUGGAUUUAUUUCCUCCUCUAGAUGCUAUAAAUACGUUAGCAUUUGAGCCAACUGGAGGGCUGUGGGUAAUUUAGGAUGCACAGAAGCUGUAAUUUAACUCAUAGCAUCUCCAUGUGAGAGCAUUAAAGAUGUAAUUAAGACGUUUACACAAAGAGAGUGUGAG